AUGUCUGACAACACAAAAACAACAAACAAAAUUCUCCCUAGCGUGAAUCGCUACAUCACGACCCACAACACGGCCGGGGACUCCAUCUAUUCCAAGGAAGUUGAAGAGCCACUGGACUUUUGGACGGUGCAUACUGGCGAAGGUCACUCCGGGGAAUUCGAGCUAGGUUACGUGACAGAAGGCUUCCCGGUCCCCUUGGCCGGAGAUGAGGAUUUGACAGCGUUCAAGGAUGCAUACAACAAAAAGAAGGAAUCCGGUCUCGUCAAACACGGUGGCACUAUUCUUCGGUACUGUAACAUCCCGCCAGGCUCCCGAUCCCCAAUGCAUCGGACUGUCAGCCUUGACUAUGGAAUUCUUGUCACUGGCGAGUUGGAGUGUCUCUUGGAUUCGGGUGAGUCCAGAACAGUUCACUCGGGCGACCUAGUUGUUCAAAGGGGAACCAUGCAUCAGUGGAUAAAUCACAAGGAUGAGUGGGCUCGUAUUGUGUUCAUUCUGUUCCAUGCCACACCUGUGGAGAUUGGGGGCACGAAGCUCGAGGAACACCAAGGAGGCAUGGUGGUGCCUGCCUCACACUAG